UAAUGACGUCAUGUGUAAAUGGUGUAAUUACACGAAGGGUAAUAACUGUGCAUUUACUGUACAAUCGCCGAAGCGAGGGAAAAGUUGAACACGUGUGUCAAAUAAAAAACUCAAUAAAAUGGAAGACAAAGGAAAUAUUGCAUUGCUGAGUGUGUCAGAUAAAUCAGGUUUGAUAGAGUUUGCCAGUGAGUUAUCUGCUCUUGGAUUCAAACUUGUUGCCUCAGGUGGUACAGCCAAGGCAAUCAGGGAUGCAGGACUAGAAGUCAGUGAUGUUGCUGAUAUAACAGGAGCACCAGAAAUGUUGGGAGGUCGGGUGAAGACACUACAUCCUGCUGUACAUGGAGGAAUUCUGGCAAGAUCAACAGAGUCUGAUAAGAAGGAUUUGGCAGAUCAAGGAUUUCAAAUGAUAAGGAUAGUAGUGAACAAUUUGUAUCCGUUUGCCAAAACUAUAGCCAAGCCAGAUGUGUUUGUACCAGAAGCUGUAGAACAGAUUGAUAUUGGAGGUGUGACCCUUCUACGAGCUGCAGCAAAGAAUCACGCAAGGGUCACAGUGGUCUGUGAUCCUAAAGAUUAUAAAAGAGUGUUGGAAGAACUUCAGACGUCCGAUGAUAAGGACACAAAACUUGAAACCAGGCAGAAACUUGCUGUAAAGGCUUUCAACCACACUGCGGAGUAUGACGGAAUGAUCUCGGACUAUUUCCGUCGCCAGUUCAGUGAAGGAGUCUCUCAGUUGCCGUUGCGGUAUGGCAUGAACCCUCACCAGAAACCAGCACAGAUUUCUACCCUACUAGCCGAACUACCAUUGAAAGUUGUAAAUGGUUCUCCUGGAUUUAUCAAUCUGUUAGAUGCAUUAAAUGGCUGGCAGCUGGUGAAGGAACUGAAGUCAGCUUGUGGUACUGCUGCGGCAACCUCCUUUAAACAUGUCAGUCCAGCUGGAGCAGCUAUUGGUGGACAUGGGAUGUCCGAGGAAGAUAGUAAAGUAUGUAUGGUAGAUGAUAUGGAGAAUUUAUCUCCCUUAGCUGAAGCCUACGCUAGGGCGAGAGGUGCAGACAGGAUGUCAUCAUUUGGAGAUUUUAUCUCACUAUCUGAUGAAUGUGAUGUUCCUACUGCAAAGAUAAUCUCUAGAGAGGUCUCAGAUGGAGUUAUUGCCCCUGGAUAUGCACCAGAAGCUAUAGAAAUUCUGAAGAAGAAAAAGAAUGGAAACUAUUGUGUCCUGGAGAUUGAUCCAGAAUAUGAGCCCCCAGAGAUGGAGACAAGAACAUUGUUUGGUCUACAGAUGACACAGAAAAGAAAUGAUGCCAACAUCAAUAAACUUGUCUUCAAAAAUGUUGUCACUUCAAAAUCAGAGGUGUCAGAGAAGAAUGUUAGAGAUCUGAUUGUUGCCAGUAUAACAUUAAAGUAUACACAAUCCAACUCUGUUUGUUAUGCUAAAAAUGGUCAGGUUAUUGGGAUUGGAGCCGGGCAACAGUCAAGAAUUCAUUGUACUAGACUUGCUGGGGACAAGGCUAAUAACUGGUGGUUAAGACAGCAUCCCAAAGUGAUGAACAUGAAGUUUAAGAAGGGAACAAAGAGAGCAGAGAUGGCUAAUGCCAUAGAUCAGUUUGUACUGGGAACUGUUGGUGUGGAUUCAGACAGAGCAAGUUGGGAGAGUGUGUAUGAUGAAGUACCAGAAAUGCUUACAGAGGCAGAAAGGAAGGAAUGGAUCUCCCAGUUGAAAGGUGUGGCACUUAGUUCUGAUGCUUUCUUUCCAUUCAGAGACAACAUUGACAGAGCGGUACAGAGCGGAGUUGAGUUUAUAGCUGCACCAGGGGGCUCCACUAAUGAUGAGGGUGUGAUCAAAGCAUGUGAUGACCACGGCAUAGCUAUGAUUCAUACCAAUCUUAGACUCUUCCAUCACUGAACGCAUAAGAUAUGUCUAAAAAAAGAGAAAAGAUCAAUUAUUGGACAAUUUGAUGAAUUUAUUUCUGAAUUUUGAAAAGAAACAUUAUUUGGUAGUAAUUUCAGGUGUAGAUUAUAAUUAUAAAUGAUCAUACUUGUUUGCAUAAAUACAAUCAGAAUUCCUGCCUAGCUGAACAAUCCGUGCUUUUUUACCAUGUGAUUAUUUUAGACUGGUUGGGGACCACCAAAACCAGACAGCCACCAAACCCGGACGGCCCAGAAAAUGCUUAAUUUAGUAUUUUCUUUGUUCAGUGGUUGUCAGUCACUUUUUUAUCAACAGUAAAUGCAUGUUUCUUCUAUAAUUUAGUAAACAAAUUUAUUUCAACCUCUGUAAAUGGUAAUACUUUAAUGUCUAUUUUAAUAAUGUUGACGUUGAAAUUUGGGCGUCAAGAAAGCAAUGCCUGAUCUCCUAUACCAGCUAUAAUCAUUUGCAAAAUAACAAUAGAAUUUCCAAAACUUCAGCAUUUGUUGCUGAAAUAUUGUAUAUCAUGUUAAAAAUUAAUACACCCAAGCUUUUAUAUGAAUUAAAUCACUCCAUGUAAAUAUCUGUCCUGACCGUAAACAAUUUUGGUAAGUUUGAUACCCUCCUUGAAGAGCCUCUGACAUAAGUGUCAAUACAAUCAGAAAUAAACAAACUAGUUUGUUAGUUAGGAGAAGAACCUAGCUGUACUGUCUCAAAUUUUUAGGUCUCUGAGUUGGAAAUUAUGAAAUCUUUAUGGGAAAAUGUUCAAAAAGUGUCCGGUUGAUGGUCCCCGACCAGUACAUAUCUAAGUUACAUAUUUUUUUAUUAAUAAAAUAUUUCAGAGAUUUUUUUUUUCUUAAAAUUUACACAAUUUGUAUUUCUAUGCAAAUUUCACUUGUUUUUGUUUGUUUUUCAAAUUUACAGGAAAUCCAGUAUGUUAUAAAGUCUUUCAAAUAUAUUUGAACAAAAACAUUGUUUCCAUGUGCCAUAGUUAAUUAUUAUUGUUGUUCAAGACAAAAUGUAUUUUCAAAUAACAUUUUUUUAGUGUUUAAUUAAUGACUUCAAGUUUAAAUAUUUUUUUGUAACCAGUAAAAAAUUAUAUUUAAUGAUAAUACUCAGUAGUUAAUUGUUUGUAAAUUGUUGAUUUGUUAUGUUAUGAAUGUUCCAGAUAUAAGAUGGGAUUAUUGCAUUCCAUGUUCCAAUUAAUUGAAAAUUAGUUAUGUUCUAUCAUAAAGAUUAAAAGAAAGUGCUCAUUUUAAAAGUUUAUAGCCUUCUUCAUGGUCUCCAGUGGUAUGCAUAUAGUAAACAGUUUGUCUGAGAUCAUUCUUAACAUUUUUACCAAUUUCUCUGCAAUGUCCUCUACAUGGAAUUCAUCCAAUUGUCUAAAAAAUGAUUCAGUGUUAAUAAGGGCUGGAUAUAAAAAAAAAAUUUCCUCCAUUUUAAACCAUUUUGAUAUUCUUAAAGCAAAUUUCCCCAUGUGCCUUUUUGUUUUGAUAGUGAACCCUUAGAUUCUUCUUGUGUGAGUAUUUAUUGAUUCAAACAGUGGUCAAGGUUUGAAAAGAAAUAGGUUGUAAAAUUAACAUUGAAAUGUAGCAGAGUCUUGAAGUAUAUUAAGGUUAGUUAAUGAAUUAUGUGACAAAUAAUGAUGAGUUUUGUUGGUGGGAUAUGCAUAGCCAAUAGUUUAGGUUGAUGACUUCAAACAACUUGCCUCAAGCCUUGCAAGCAUCUUCCAAUUUUUUGAUGUGGGUAAGCUAUCCAGCUAGCUUACAGAACACCAAUGGUUCUACUCACGUGUCUGAAAUAACACAUAGAGGGGUACCUUAGGUCUUCCUCCAACAGUAAAGCUAGAAAGUCACCAUAUGACCUAUACUGUUUUGGUGCGACAUAAAACCCAAUCCCAAAAAAAAAAAAGAAUGAGUUUUGUUUAAUUUUUUUUUUGUUAUAUAAAGUUAAUCAUAUU